UCCACAUAUAAAUUCAAAAAUAUAGAAGCGAUCGUCCAUUCCAUCCCUUUCUUUUCGAGGGUUUCCCAAAAGGCGAAAAUCGAAAAACCCUAGAAGGAGUAACCACCACGAUCGCUCGUUUGGCUGGAUCCUUGCAUCCACCGGCCGUCUAUCGAUCGAUCCCAUGGCUUCCUCCGAUGUUGAUGAAAAGUAUCCUCCGCUGACCUACUACCCCGACAGAUUCUGCGAGACCUGCCGGAGACUCGACAAGACGGAGAUGAAACCACAGCCCGACGACCAAGAGUAUGUGUUUGAUUACGAAAAUUUCCGUGACGACGAAACCCUAAGGCUACAUGUCAUCAACUACAGAAGGAUCCAAUAUACGAGGAGUUAUUUUGAUAUUGAUUGUCCUCCAAAUUAUGGCGGCGUUGGUGGGCAACCACACCCUGGAAAGCAUUAUGCGAACGACGACAAAUUUCAAAAGACCGUUGAGGAAUGUGCUAGGUUCGGGGUGCAGAAAUGUAAUGAAGAAACCAAGGUGAAGGGGAUUGAUUUGGAGUUUGUGGAGGUUCUGAAUGUUACUGCUGAAGGUUGUGGUUGGAUGAGAUUUUACAUGACUCUCGCCUGCCGCAAUCGGGUUAAUGGUAAGCGGAAAGGGAUCUCUGAAGCUGGUGGGGAUACUAGUGAUGACUGUGUGAUCCAGAGCUACAGAGUUGUGGUUUCCUGUUCCUAUUGGGAUAGGAAGGAGAAAAAGAUGCUGCUCUUCAAGGACCCAAAUGGGAAACAUUUGUGGGAGCCGGCGGAUCCGUUUUGCGACCGAGUCAGCGAGCCAUAUUAUGGGGACAAAGUUACUCUAGCUGACGAUGGUUCAUUGAUUGUAGUCCAUUCUUCGGAGAAUAAAGCUCAGGAAUAGGAGGAAGAUCAAGUACCUAGUAGUGGUAGUAGUUUAAUAUGUUUAUUGUGUGUGGAACCUUUAGGUAUGUAUGUUUGUUUAUGUCAUGGCAUUUUAUCCUUUUAGGAUAAAGUGGGCACCUAAAAAUUAUCUUGAUGGUAGUAGUCAUCUCCAUCCUUACCCCUCCCAACUGGUCGUCUAAGAGGGCUGGUGGUAAUGCGGGAGUCCUUUGAUAGCAGGAUUCUGGAGGACUUGUAGUUGACUAUGUGGAUUGCUGAAACAGUUGGUUGUAGUAUUAGUAGUCGUUGUUGUCGUUUAACUAUGCUUAUUGUAUGCCGAACUUCGAACUAGAAAAAAUGUUAGCUAUGUUUAUGGAGUGACAUUCUAAAGUGAAAUGAUGUGAUGUCUGUGGUUUU